CCGGCCUCCGCCCUUCUGCCUGGCCGGAGGAAGUGUUGAUAAGAGGUGUCUGUCUCUCCCUUCGGAAAUUAUUGGGAAAAACGGAGUAAAUAUGACGGGACGGCUGCCUCCUUGUAUCGUGGAUGUGGGCACUGGCUACACCAAGCUGGGCUUUGCGGGCAACCAUGAGCCACAGAUGAUCAUCCCUUCGGCCGUGGCCAUAAAGGAAACGGCCAAAGUAGGCGAACAGUCCCAGCGGCGCCUGUGCAAGGGUGUGGAAGACCUCGAUUUCUUCAUAGGAGACGAGGCCAUGGAUGCGACUGGAUAUGCUGUCAAGUACCCAGUGAGGCACGGCAUUGUGGAGGACUGGGACCUGAUGGAGAAGUUCAUGGAGCAGUGCAUCUUCAAGUAUCUUCGUGCUGAGCCUGAAGACCACUACUUCCUCCUUACUGAACCCCCUCUCAACACACCAGAGAACAGGGAAUACACAGCAGAAAUUAUGUUUGAGUCGUUCAAUGUGCCUGGCCUCUACAUUGCUGUCCAAGCCGUGCUAUCCUUAGCAGCCUCUUGGGCCUCACGCCAGGCCACUGAGAGGUCCCUCACUGGCACUGUCAUUGACUCUGGCGAUGGUGUCACUCACGUCAUACCAGUGGCUGACGGCUAUGUGAUUGGGAGCUGCAUCAAGCAUAUCCCCAUUGCUGGCCGAGACAUCACCUACUUUGUGCAGAGCCUGCUGAGAGAGCGUGAGCCCAACAUUCCUCCCCAGCUCAGUAUGGAGACUGCAAAGGCUGUCAAGGAAAAGUUCAGCUACAUCUGCCCAGACAUCGCUAAGGAAUUCAACAAGUACGACAGUGACCAGGCUAAGUGGAUCAAGCGUUAUGAGGGCAAGAAUCCCGUCAAUAAUCAAACCUUUGGGAUUGACGUGGGUUAUGAGCGUUUCCUCGGACCAGAAAUUUUCUUCCACCCUGAGUUUGCAAACCCUGACUUCACAACUCCAAUCAGCGAAGUAGUAGACAAUGUCAUUCAGAAUUGCCCCAUUGAUGUGCGACGGCCACUGUACAAGAACAUUGUCCUCUCAGGAGGUUCCACUAUGUUCAAGGACUUUGAUCGUCGUCUGCAGAGGGAUGUAAAGCGCAUUGUGGAUGCGAGAUUGCGUAUCACCGAGCAGCUGAGCGGUGGUCGCAUUAAGCCAAAGCCGAUCGAUGUGAAUGUCAUUGCACAUAAAAUGCAGCGCUAUGCUGUCUGGUUCGGAGGUUCCAUGCUUGCUUCAACACCUGACUUCUACCAAGUCUGUCACACAAAGGCAGAGUAUGAAGAGAAGGGACCCAGCAUCUGCCGACACAAUCCAGUCUUCGGUGCUAUGGCUUAAUCUUAAGGAGUGUAGUCACUAUGCAAAAAUGGGGGGAGGGGAGGGGAGUGGAAGGGGGGGUUAGAAGGAACAAAGGCACAAAUAAGUUUAUAGAUAUACCAAUGACAUGGAAAUUGAAGUCAUUAUUUUAUUUAUUAUAUUUUUUUUUUUUUUUUUUUAGAAUUAGGGGGAGUAAUUAUAAAGUGAGAUAUUUAUACUAGGAACAUAAGGACAUAAGAAUAGGAUGGGAUAACAUAAACAGAAAAUUGAGAUACAAAUGGGACUAAGAAAGGGAUGUGUAUUUCUUCCAUGUAAAGAUUUAACUUAUUCUUCAGAUUUUGAAUUUUUUUUUUUGUUUUUCAUUCUUUCUUUUUCUCUUCGCCCAAAGAGGUUAUCUGAAAUUUCUUCAUUGAUUGUGGCUGAUGGGUUAUGAUGAUUGUUUGGUGAUUUUUAAAGUUUCCAAUGAAAAUGUGUGUUGUUUUGGCUUAUAUCCACAAAGCACAUAGUAACCACAGCUUGGAGAAUAAAAGGCUGCAUUAUAGUGCUGUUAUUGGAGGAAUCUUAGGGAGUUGUUCAAAAAUGUUAUCUUUCCACAGUGUUUUUUAUUGUGUUGCAUUGUAUUGUAUGAGAGUGUAAUAGUAUAUAUUUUAUUUGAUUACAGUUAGUUAAUUUUGUUUUUCUUUUUUCUUUUUAUUUAAUUUAAUAUAUCUGUUGAUUAGGCAAGUACUUUUAAAGCUUUAAAAGAUAUUACUUAACUUUUAAAGGAGAAGAAAUAAUUUGUGUGUGUGUGGCACUAGCCCAGUAAAAAAAUACGAAUGUAAGUAGAAUUAUAAACUUUUAUAUGAUUUCAUAAAAAAAAAAAAGGGAAAAAAGUGUAACUUGACAUCUACACUUUACACUGGAGACUUUUGUUUUGUAUAGAUUAAUAGUGUUUAGUAAAUGGUUCCUGGGAAAAAGCCAGAAUUGCAAUCAAUAUGAUGGGAGCUGAAAUAAAUCCAAAUGUGUGAAUGAUUAAAAGAUACUGAAAACCGAG